CACAAACCUAUCAAACAGAGGAAACUAAACAAGGCUAGUCUAGCAAUGUCCCCACUUAUGGCGGUGAGCGCGGUAAUGGAAUGGACGCCGUGCGACCGGAUCGCCAACCGUGCCUUCGUUGCGGCGCUGGAAUUUCGGGAUAUACACUAUCCGACGUGCGUGUGACUGAUACUUUAAACAUCUUCCCGUUUCCUCAUCCCCGUCAACCAGCUAUACCGCGAUAGCAACAUCCUCGAGGCCCCGCAUGCCUCUCUCUACUCCUGACACGCUUCAUGAACAGGAUAGAAGCGGAAUAGCGCCCAAGAACGUUCACAAUGUAGCCCGGACCAUGUGCAUGACAGAUGGAGAGGUAUUGAUCUCGCUACGAACGUUCCAUGCCGCGAAACAAGGACAGCGAACAUAAAGGAGGUAAAUCCAAAUUUUCGUAGCAGAAUGGAAGCCAUGGAGCAUCAACUGGGCAUCAAAUGGCUGAACCGAACAGGUGAAAAGUCGCGGACAGCCGUGUUGUUUGAAGACGACCUCAUCUUUAAUCUGUCGUUGGACUCAAUGUCUAGUAUUCUGGUCCUUUGACGAUGCUGUCGCUCUUCAGAGUAGACGUGGCUCAAUCGAACCUGUAGGACGCUCCUGUGGACAAUCAUGCGCUAACGGCAUCCGUCGCAAUGGUCUCCGCUAUUCGACAUUCUGUGGCACACGACAUCUCUAAUAGCACAGCGACUUCUGGGGCGCCACCAGCGCCACGUCCUUGUCGUUGUAUAUCCCAGUAAGUUCCCAUGCUGAUGUUUGGGUCCGGGAUGUUGGGACGUCCCACAUGUUCCUUAGGUUUCUCUUGGGAUUAGAUAAAAGUAAGUGUCCUCCUCAUGAUGACCUCCAGCAUCCCCAGGUCUUUUCCCGCCUGUACAGAGGAAUUUACAGCAUCAAUGGGCCAUAGCCGGAUAACCAUCCUUGUCCUCUACUACGUCAUGGCAGUUUUGGUGCAAUACCCGGGGACCAAAACAUACCGAAUCGCGCUCCUCCCAUUGAUUUUCCAGGUCGCGUUCACGGCCGUCACCGCAAUCGACUGCGACAUCGCCGAAAACCCCAGCCUCGUCUCCGCGCCUGCCAUGUUCGUGAUAGUGAUGCGGACCUCCGCUUGGACGAUCGAGCACAGGUACUUGCAGCGUGGUCGCUAUGGCUGCCGCACAUAUCCCUCCACCUCCGGCUUCCCAUCUUUAAGAUAUACAUCAUGGGACGCUCUAGAUCUUAUGGUCAAUCUGCGUAACAUAGGCUGGGUUCCUGGUGGAAAGCCGCCCACAUAUACGAGCUCGUUGACCACCACGAGGAUGACAUUCUUGUUCAUGGUGGUUCUACGGGCGCUGUUCUUUGCCAUAACCUUCGACGUUUCCAUCACGUUUCUGCGUUAUAUCCGCUCUGACGGUCUUCCCGCUGGGAGCACAAUCUUCGAGAGUUCUCACCCUCUAGUCAUAUCUUACUUGCAUACUAUCCUUUUGGCGUAUGCCGCACUCUUGGCAGGGUUCGCGUUCAUGUCGCUCCUGUAUUCCUGCGUUGCUUUCCUUGGCGUUUCCGUCCUCUUCCAAGUCCCAGAGCAGUGGCCUCCCUUGUUUGACGCGCCCUGGCGCUCGACGUCACUCCGGGAGCUUUGGAGUCAGCGAUGGCAUCAGCUCUUCCAAGAGCUGUUCAUUUCGCUUGGCUCGCGUCCCACAAAUAGGGUAUUUGGGCGUCCUGCCGGUAUCAUUGGCGCAUUCUUGGUCUCUGGAGUGCUGCAUGAUGUACGCCUGCGCGGGAUGGGCGAGGGCGUUGAUCCGAAAGUGACGUAUGGGUUCUUUGUGUUUCAUGGACUUGCGGUCAUUGCAGAAGUCGUGUGGAAGGAGAAGAUGAAGAAGGACGUUGGUGGCUGGGCUGGAUGGGUUUGGACAGUCAUCACGUCCACUGUAUCUUGGUGUUUUCUUCUCGACGGGUGCGUCCAUGCAGGACUAUUGGAUACCAGCCAUGUGCAAAGGAUUUCUGAUACUAUAUUGCAUGCUUACCUCUGAAUGGGUUCGAGGCUCUGUAUACACACUGCUUAUGUAUCUAUCAACCGUGC